UUUCGCCAAACCUCUUUCGGAAGUGAGUCGUAAGAGCCAAGAUGGCGCAGGGUUGGAUCGAGUUAGCGGAAGAAGCUGCUGUCGAUUAACGAAAUAAGUGGACCCGUUACACAUCGACAGCAGCAGCGACAUCAACGGUGACGCUCAGGCGAAACGAGCCGUAUCGCUGAAUCCGGUGGUGAUGGCGGAGCGGCUGGUGGAAUGUGCGUGGAAGAGACACGUGUCGGAACAGCUGAAGCACAGAGACCGAGUGCAGAGACACGCCUUUGAGGAAAUUGUCCACCACUAUCAUAGACUACUUGAGAAGUCUGACCUCCAGACUGUCCUGACAGAGCGAUACCAGAGUGACAAAUAUGAUGUCCAGAGGGGACAUGAGACCAGUUCUGGGGCGGACGCAAGUCGCAACGAUGCUUUGCAGCAGGAGAUGGCUCAGAUGAGAAUCAAACAUCAGGAGGAACUAACGGAGCUACAUAAGAAGCGGGGAGAGCUUGCUCAGAGUGUGAUCGAACUGAACAACCAGAUUCAACUGAAGGACAAAGAGAUCCAGAGCAAUGAAGCCAAGUUAAGUGAGUAUCAGCAGCAGAUCGAUAACCUUGAGGGCGACUGUCGGGAACUCAGGAACUACCUGCAGGACCUGGAGCGAGCCAAUCAGACGCUAAAGGACGAGUAUGACGCCCUGCAGAUCACUUUUGCCGCCCUGGAGGGCAAACUGAGGAAGACAACAGAGGACAACCAGGAAUUGGUCUCACGCUGGAUGGCCGAGAAGGCUCAGGAAGCCAACCGGCUAAACGCCGAGAACGAGAAGGAAGGCAGACGCAGACAGGCUAAACUACAGAAGGAGCUGGCAGAUGCUGCCAAGGAGCCGCUGCCCAUUGAGCCGGAUGACGACAUUGAGGUCCUGGACCCAGGGAAGGGAGGAGAGGCAUCACCCAACAGACCACUUAGCAGGACACCCAGUAAGAAAAUAUCUCAGCCACCCCCUGGUGGUCUCCUAGACUCCAUCUCCAACAUCUUUGGCAGACGUCGAUCAACAAACUCAUUCAGCACUUCACCCGAAAACACGGAGACACCGUCGGGAGUGUGCGCGGAUGUUCGAGUCCCAUCCACUGCUCUGCACGUCUUUGAAGCACAUGAAGGCGAGGUGAACGCAGUCAGGUUCAGCCCUGGCUCUCGUCUCCUGGCAACAGGAGGGAUGGACCGCAGGGUGAAGCUGUGGGAGGUUGUUGCAGGUCGUUGUGAGUGUAAAGGAGCUUUAACUGGCAGUAACGCGGGAAUCACCAGCAUCGAGUUUGAUAGUGCUGGUUCGUACCUGCUUGCUGCCUCAAAUGAUUUUGCUAGUCGCAUCUGGACAGUGGACGACUACAGACUGAGGCACACCCUGACAGGUCACAGUGGGAAGGUUCUUUCAGCUCGUUUCCUAUUGGACAACGCACGCAUCGUUUCUGGAAGCUACGACCGAACUCUUAAACUGUGGGACCUGCGCAGCAAAGUUUGUAUGAAAACGGUGUUUGCUGGCUCCAGCUGUAACGAUAUUGUGUGUACAGAGCAGUGUGUGAUGAGUGGACACUUUGACAAGAAGGUUCGAUUCUGGGACAUCAGAGCAGAGAGCAUCGUCAGGGACCUGGAGCUUCAGGGCAGAGUCACAUCUCUGGAUCUGAACCACGACAGAACUGAGCUGCUCACCUGCUCCAGAGACGAUGUCAUCAAGAUCAUUGACCUGCGCACCAAUGCCAUCAGACAAACCCUCAGAGCUCAGGGCUUUAAGUGUGGAGCUGAUUGGACCAGAGUCACCUUCAGUCCAGACGGUAGUUAUGUGGCAGGAGGAUCAGCUGAUGGCGCGCUGUAUGUGUGGAAUGUCCUGACGGGGAAGGUGGACCGGACUCUGGACCGGAACCACAACUCUGCCAUAAACGCAGUGUCGUGGUCGCCAUCAGGAGCCUUUGUGGCGAGUGUGGAGAAAGGCAGCAAGGCCAUUCUGUGGUCUGACAUGUGAUUGGCUGAAAUAUGUUCAAUCGAAUGAGACAGAGACUCUAAUGCUACCACAUGCUGAUGACGUUUACCUGUUACCUGUUUUUAACUGAAGUGUCCUAAUGUCGUCAUGGAGACAAGACUGGUUAAUAAAAUGUCCAAGAACA